AUGAGUGCGAUAAUCAUCACGACGGGUUUCGAUGCGAACGACAAGCGCGAGAUCAAGGCGCUCAUCGACAAGCUUGGCGCGACCUUCGGAGAUCCGGACUUCACCGCGACGAGCCCGUUCGACUACUGCGUCACGAAGACCACCAACUCGCCGAAAUACGAUCUCGCGGUGAAGCUGUUCAAGCCCGUGGUCACCUUUGCAUGGCUUCGUGACAGCGCCGAGGCCGGCGAGCUCCUGCCUGUGGAGGAAGUCGGCCACAUACCCAAGGCUUUCCUCGGACUGUGCGUGUGUGUCACGGGAUAUACACAAGAUGAGCGCACCGAGCUCGAGGCGCUGGUGACCAAGAACGGGGGCCUGUACAUGUCCGACCUGGUCAAGGGCAAGUGCACGCAUCUGGUGGCGUCCGGUACGACGAGCGGGAAGUACACGCACGCGAAAAAGUGGGACGGCAUCAAGAUUGUGAGCAGGGAGUGGGUGACAGAGAGCGCGACGGGGGGCGUGAAGGCGAACGAGGCGCGUUUCCCGGUUGAGGGGACCCCGGAGGCGGCUGCUGCCGCGUCGAGGGCGAACAUCGACGCGGACGAGGCUGCGGACGCGGCGGUGGCGUGGGACUCGUGUUACUUGAUGGGGUGCACGGUGUACCUGCACGAGCUGGGCAACCCGAAGGAAUCGGCGGAGUGGGCUCGGGCCAUGCAAGCAGUGCGACACGGCUCGGCGUUUACCACUUCCAACGCGAGCAAGGCGACGCACGUGGUCGUCAGCGUCAGCGCGGCGGCGGGAAGCCUCAGGGACAUACGCGAUCAACGGGAUAAGACGGUGCUCAGCACCUGGCUGGACGCGUCCAAGGCGCUGGGGGCGCCGGCGCCGGUUGAGGAACACGCCGCGCCGUCGGCUCUGUUUGCGACGCGGCGGGAGCCACCGGCGAAAAAAGGUGGCGGGAUAAACCGGGUGGAUAGCAUGAUCCUCAGCCAGGAGGCGGCGUCGACGCACGACAAGGGGAAAACGAGCAAGGCGACCGCGUCGAAGGCGACGGAAGCGGCGGACAGACGGCGGCGCAGGCGAAGCGGACCGGCGUCGCCCAACCCGCUGACGCGCCAAGCGCUCGCCGCGGAGGCUGCGAAAGCGGCGGCGGCGGAGGAAGACGCCGCCGCGAACAGAGUCGACCUCGCCGAUCAGAACAUGCCGCCUCGGUAUCAUCAGCCACUGUCUCCCGCGGCGGCCAGGGUGACGGCCGCGACGACCGAUCCGGGCUGCUCGUUCGACCCGGGGACGGCGACGGAUCUUCCCGCGACGGCAGUCGCCAUCCAGGAGACCAACGGACUCGGGGUUGACGGGGAUGACUACUCCACCGUGUUCAAGGGUAUGCGCAUCACGUUGAGUCCGCUGCUGAGCAGGGAAGAGGAGGAAGCCGCGAGCGAAAUCGUGACCAGGGGCUCGGGAAUCGUGACGAAGAAGAAGGCGGCGUCGUCCGCGUACAUUGUCUGUCCAGCUGCUCCGACCAGGGAGGAACGAGCCAUCUUGAACUCUGCGCCCGAAUCCGAGAGGAGGCGGCACGUCACCUGCCACUGGCUGGAGAUAUCCUGCGAGCUCGGAUAUGUCGUUCCUCUCGACAGUAACCGCGGCGGCAACCCCGCCUGUCGACCGCUGCCCUGCGACGCGCCGUUCGACUCCAUGCAUGGACUCAGGAUCAGCACCUCCCUCUAUGACGAGGACGUCAAGUCGUCGGUGAACAUGCUGUGCCACCUGCUGGGCGCAAAGUACACAGAGAGGCUUGGCAGGAACAAGAACACCCACCUCGUGGUCCCCUACGCAGAGGGAAAGAAGUACGAGGCGGCAGUCGGAUGGGGACUGCACGCCGUGACCGUGGAGUGGCUCCACGCGUGCAUCGAGGCGGGACGCAAGGUUGAAGAGCGAGAUUUCAAGCCCCCGCCGCCGCCGUCGGAUGACGAUCGAAACGGGGACGACGGUCGGGCGGGGGCGUUCACGACGGAUGGCGGCGACACGCAAGAGGCACCGCCACCACCGGUUGCCACGAACGCUAAGGGGUCCGAUCGCCGUCGCUCCGCGGGUAUCGACAUUGGGGGAGGAAACGUGUGCGGUGGGUCGCAGCGCGGCGCUCUCAACCUCGUCGGGAGUGCGGUCCAACGCGACACCUCGCGCGCGGCGCAAACAUCUCAGCGCGCUCCCCCGUCGACGAGGAGGUCCACGCGGCCCGUGUCCAAGACGCCGGCGCAGCCCAAGCCAAAGGCUGGCGCGAGGUCCACGCCGAGGCGGGGCGAGUCCAUCGCCGCGCCGACGACCGCCGCUCCGGCACCCGCGACGGGCGUGAAACGGCACCUCGGUUCCGAUCGAAGCCCGGUUUCCGUCGGCGUCGACUUGGAGCCGGAGCCUCCCGCGCCUCCGCCCCCACGGGUGACCACCGGCGGCAGGGCCGCGCACCCGGCGGACGGGAGUCAGAUGGUGGCCAACCUCAUCGACGACGUCGCCGCGGGUAUGUUCGACGGGGGCGAGUCGCAACUGGACGACGGCUUUGACGGAUUUCGGGUUCCCGAUCCGGUGCAGACGGAGGCGGCGGUCGCCGCGGUGCGAGACGGCAUGACCUCACCCGGAGGCGCCGGUCGUGGAAAGCGUCGAAGGGGUCCCGGGGAUACGACGCCGAGCGGGAUGGUCGGGGGAAUCGGCGGCGGCGUGGGGGAGUCGCAGAUGAUGGAAUCGCAGCAGAUGAUGGAGUCGCAGCAGAUGGUUGGGUACGCCGACGACGGUCCUCCCCGCGGCCGCUCGCAUACAUUCGGCGGGGGUCGGGGCGGGGCGAGCGGAUUGGUGAACUCCCUCCUCGGUGCCGCGGGUAGAGGCGCGGGGAGCGCAACUCCAAGUGCGACGGCUUCAGGCUUACAGGCGGAAGACUGGGUGUGA